CAAUCUCUCUCUGAUUCAAUUUCUCGCCUCCUUUUUUUAUUCUUUGUUCGCCCAUUAGAUAUUCCUUUUUUCGAUCGAUAUGGACCCGGGAGAUUUGGAAAUUACCUCUCCACCAAGCGAUGGUGUUUCGUACUUGGAUUUUUCACCUCAGCAAGACUACCUUGCAGCUGCUUCUUGGGAUAACCAAGUACGUGUCUAUGAAGUUUUACAAACAGGCAGUACAGUCGCUAAAGUAGCAUAUCCUCAUGAAGCACCCGUGUUUUGCGUUAAGUGGUGUCCGGACGGUACAAAGCUGGUUUCAGGAGGAGCAGAUAAUGCAGCAAGGUUAUAUGAUGUUAAUACUGGUCAAAGUCAACAAAUUGCUCAGCAUAGUCAACCUGUAAAGUCGGUACUGUAUAUAAAUGAAAAUAUAGUUGCAACAGGUAGUUGGGAUAAAACAAUUGCCUAUUGGGAUACAAGAUCACCACAACCAAUAGGAAUCAUUCAUUUGCCUGAAAGAGUGUAUUCUAUGGACUCAUUUGGUGGGAUGCUUGUUGCUGGUACAGCAGACAAUACGAUUUCGAUUAUCGACCUUGGCAAUCCUACAGUUAUAUUUAAAUCGGAACCUUCUCCUUUGAAGUUUCAGAUCAGAAAGGUGGCGUGCUUCACUGUCGGAAAAGGGUAUGCGGUGGCAUCUAUAGAAGGAAGAGUCGGAAUACAAUAUAUCGAUCCCCAAGAACAAGUGAAAAAUUUCUCUUUCAAAUGUCAUCGAGACGAAGCUAAAAAUAUUUAUUCUGUAAACGACAUCAGCUUCCAUCCUGUUUAUGGCACAUUUUCAACAGCUGGUUCAGAUGGAUCAGUGAAUAUCUGGGACAAAGAUCGGAAACAGAGAUUGAAGGAAUACCCCAAGGUUAAUGGAACGAUUUCUUGCACCGCCUUCAACAGAAACGGCUCUAUUUUAGCUUAUGCUGUUAGUUAUGACUGGUCCAAAGGGUAUAAAUAUGCAUCGAAUGUAAACAAAAUCUAUCUUCAUGCCGUGAAAGAAGAUGUGAAUCCUGGCUCACUAAAAAAACGAUAACAUUAAUAUACAUUAUCAUACGAUGGUAUAUAAUAAAUUGCACUGCAUGCAAUCAUUGAUAAUAUACCUGAAACUUUUGCGAUUAUACGGAAAGUGGUUGGUUUCUAGUAUUUUAUGCUGUAAACUUAAACUGUGAUUAAUAACGACUUUGUCAUUCAUUGUUUGAUUAGCUGCAUCAUAGACGUUUUUUUUUUUUUGGGGGGGACUUACAACUGCCCACUUAUUAUAAGAUCAUUGUGGUUUAGAAUAAUAUUGUUGUUAAGUAUAUUUUUACAAUUGAAAAGCUGCUUUGUUUCUCCAGUAUCUCCACAUAAGUAAAUGACUGUACUUGCCAUAUUCAGCUUCGGUACCACUUUGGCCGCUCAAUCAUUUUCUGUUUUAUUUGAAAUUAUGCUUUGCUAGAGAGCUUAAUAAAAAACAAUGUUAUAGGCAUCAUCAUCUGGUGAACUAUCAAUAUCAUACAUGUAUA